UCAUUACCGCUGUCAUUGAGAACCACGUUUGACCACGUUUUUGAUCGUAAAAUGAUGAAGAUAUUGAAGAGAAAGCAACAGGAAGAAAUGGAAAAAGAAAAUAAGCCGAAAAAGAUAAUGUCAGAUGAAUCUGCUGCUAAAAAGAUAAAAUGGGUCAAUAGACAACGAGUAUUGGUCUUUGCUACUCGAGGUAUCAAUCACAGGCAUCGACAUCUUAUGGAAGAUUUGAAAAAACUAAUGCCACAUCAUCGUCCAGAAUGCAAGAUGGAACGCACUAAAAACUUACAAGUAGUGAACGAAAUGUGCGAAAUGAAGAAUUGUAAUAAGGCUAUUUUGUUUGAAGGACGAAAAAAGUGUGAUCUUUAUAUGUGGUUUGCUAAUGUAUCCACUGGUCCAAGUGCAAAAUUUCUCAUAGAAAACAUUUACACAAUGGGAGAACUGAAGAUGACAGGAAACUGUUUAAAGGGAUCACAGCCAUUAUUAUCCUUUGAUGAAAAAUUCACCACACAUGCACAUUACAGUCUUUUGAAAGAGCUAUUAACGCAGAUUUUUGGUGUGCCAAAUCAUCAUCCUACAAGUCAGCCAUUCUUUGAUCAUGUGUACACGUUCAGCAUUCUGGACAACAGGAUAUGGUUCAGAAAUUUCCAAAUUUUGACCGAAGAUGGUGGAUUAGCUGAAAUUGGACCAAGGUUUGUCCUGAACCCAGUCAAGAUAUUUGCUGGAAGUUUCGGUAAUGAUACUUUAUGGGAUAAUCCACAUUAUAUUUCUCCAACCAAGUAUCGGCAAUCAUUGGCAAAGAAAGCUGCUAAUAAAUACUUAAACAGAGUGGAACAAAAAAUGGUACAAAAGGCAAACAAACCUGAUGAAUCUUAUGCACUCAAUCCCACAGAUGAAAUAUUUAAGGAUGAUGCAUUGGAGAAAGCAAAAGAAAUAGAAGAAAAACUUGAGAUAUUUGAUAAAAAUGAAAAUUUGGAAAAAAUUGUGAAAAAAUAUAAAAAUAAAGUAAGAAAGAUAAAAAAGAAAUCUGUAGUAACUAAAAACCUUAAGAAAACAAAAUCUGCAAAAUCAGUAAAAUCUAAAGACCUGAAGAAAAAGAAACUAAAAUAA